AUGGCUGCAAGAACCAAUUUGCUUCUCAGUCCCAGCUAUUUCAUCACCACGGCAAAAAUAGCAAUGUUAUCUCCCAAUAGCCAUGGCUGCAUAUGGAAUGCUCAAGCCAAUAGAUAUGCCCACAGGGAAUCAGUUGUCCUAAAACGAUUACACAACACUGUAAUUAAUAGUAAUCCGAUUGAGUGUAUGAUCAGAGCUAUCAACAUAAAUCAAGAUAGUCGUAUAAUAAGACUAAGUAUGCCUUCUAGCACGUCUCAACUACAGUUGAUUCAAACCACUUAUACUCACGCUGGAUUGGACACUCAAAAUCUCCAGGAUCAUUAUCAAUAUUUUAAGGCUUAUAGAACAGAAACAAAAGCUAAAAAUUCAUAG